AUGUACAUCAUUGUAGCCAUGCAAAGUACAUCUCUAGGCGGGUCCGUGCCAGCGGCUCCGCGCUUAAUUUUCUGUCUUCCGACGCCGCGUCUUAACCACCAGGCCUCACUCGAUCUCCAACUCCAGAAGGCUCCCAUCCCACCUCAAUUGCCCUCCAAAAAAAGCCAGGGUCUUCAAAAUGUUCUGCCUCCGCGCCAGAGCCGUGCCCUCAACCUUCCGGGCCACCACAUCGGCCAUGCGAACCCCGAUGAACAGAUUCGCCCAAAUUUCGCAACAAUCAAGCACACCCUGCACAAUGUUCUCAUCCCGAUCCUUCUCCUCCCUCCUCUCCACGCCAACCCGCUUCCAACCCUCGCGAACACUCGGCGCCCGCCUCUCCUCGCCAAGCGCAACAACCGCCUCCGCCUUCUCACCCUUGUCAUCACUUCUCUCCCAGAAGGCACCCUCGCAGUCCCGCUCGUUCUCCGCAAGUGCCUCUCUAGGCGUGCGCCGUGUGACGUUCCGCCCGUCACGACGGGUCCAGAAGCGCCGCCAUGGAUACCUGGCGCGCAAGAAGGACAGAAAUGGGCGUAA